AUGUUUAUCGAGGUUAUCCUCUUGAGUGUAGAAGGAGCAUCCCGACUAGUUGAUGUUAUCACCGAUGCGGUGACAGAUGGGUUUCUACUGGUUGCCAUUGAAUUGAAUCCUCAUAUGGAAGAGGUGGUACGAGCUGAGGUCCUAAAGCUGCUUCAAGCAGGUAUUAUCUACCCCAUAUCAGAUAGCCCAUGGGAUGCUAAAUUUGUAUGGGAUGAAAGGUAUCUAAGGAGUUUUGAUCAACUAAAGCAAUUCUUGACAACCGCUUCAAUAGUGAGGGCUCCUAACUGGCAACUACCUUUUGAAGUGAUGUGUGAUGCCAGUGACUUUGCUAUAGGAGCUGUUCUUGGCCAAAGAGAAGAUGGAAAGCCCUAUGUGAUCUACUAUACAAAGUUCAAUCUCCAAAUCAAAGAUAAGAAAGGAGUGGAGAAUGUGGUAGCUGACCACCUUUCAAGGUUGGCUAUAGCACAAAAUUCCCAUGUUUUACAUAUUAAUGAUGACUUUCCAGAGGAAUCACUUAUGUUACUAGGAAACACUCCUUGGUAUGCUCAUAUUGCUAACUAUCUAGUUACUGGUGAAAUUCCAAGUGAGUGGAAAGCACAAGAUACGAAGCACUUCUUUGCAAAGAUUCAUGCCUAUUAUUGGGAAGAACCUUUCCUUUUCAAGUAUUGUGCAGAUCAAAUAAUAAGAAAAUGUGUCCCUGAAGAAGAGCAACAAGGAAUCCUCAAUCAUUGUCAUGAGAGUGCAUUGGGGGUAUACUAUGUUUCUAAAUGGGUAGAGGCAAUCCCCUGUAAACACAAUGAUCACAGAGUGGUUCUCAAGUUUCUCAAAGAGAACAUCUUCUCAAGAUUUGGGGUACCCAAGGCCAUAAUCAGUGAUGGGGGUACUCAUUUUUGCAACAAGCCUUUUGAAACCCUUUUAGCCAAGUAUGGGGUGAAGCAUAAGGUAGCUACACCUUAUCACCCUCAGACUUCCAUCUUGGAGCACUUGGGGUAUCAUUUUGAGCCUCAGCUUGAGCGCAGACACAUUUGCCGAGAGAUAUUCACUCUCGACAAAUGGACUAGUAUGACAGCCUAUGACGCACAGCUAGGAGCCCCAACUGGGCUAGAGCAUCUAGAGAUACCACAGCCAAAGCAUCCAGAGGAGCCACGGUUGGUUGAGAUACCUGCGGACAUGAGAGCACCUGCCCCUAUAGUACCCUCUACAGGACCUAUGCCUGACGUUGCUUCUUCUACUCCUCCUGCCACACUAGGGACUCCACCAGUUGUACCAGCUGCAUCCGAGCCUCAUCCAUCUGAGUCUAGGAUUGCCAUAUCCAUUUCAGAGUUCAGAGGCCUAUGUCAUACUUUGCAGAUAUUAACCGCUACUCAGAGCAUCCUGACCCAACAGAUGGCGGCCAUACGUGCCCAUCAAGAUCAGCUUAUCGCCACCCAGACCCAGCAUACUGCCAUCCUUAGGCAGAUAUAG